AUGGCACAAGCGACAGAAUUGAAAGAGAGUCAAACACUUGCAAGCUGCGAUGCCUACUUUGAAGAAAUUCAAACCAGGAAGAAAUUGCCCCAGGCCAUGCAGGAGAGACUAACAUCUGCCUUCUCAGAGAUCCCAGUUUCAUCCUUCCAACAAGUUCCCCAAGUAAUUGAAAUCCUAGCAGACACCUCCAUUGGAGAUGCUGUUAAGAUUCUAUCAGAAUGCAAUAUUAUGUCAGCUCCGGUGAGAAACCCAGAAGCUGAAAAAAGUCUAGACUGGAGAGAAAGCUACUUAGGAAUCAUAGAUUACUCAGCAAUUGUUCUAUGGGUGCUGGAAAAUGCUCAACUCGCUGCUGUUGCCUUAUCAGCUAGCUCAGCGGCUGCAGCCGGUGUCGGUGCCGGAGCCGUUGGUGCUCUCGGAGCAUUGGCAUUAGGUGUCACAGGUCCUGCUGCCGUAGCCGGUCUUACGGCAUUUGCUGUCGGCGCAGCUGUGGCCGGAGGCGUUGUCGCAGAGGAAGGCGCAGCUAAAGAUGCUCCCACUGCUGCAGACAACUUAGGCAGGGAUUUCUACAAGCUACUCUUGCAAGAAGAACCAUUCAAGUCAACCCCUGUAAAAUCGAUCCUGAAAUCGUUUCGUUGGGCUCCUUUUGUUCCUGUGGCAACAGACAGUUCGAUGCUUACUGUAUUAUUGUUACUAUCAAAAUAUCGAUUGAGAAAUGUGCCCGUGAUCGAACCGCAUAAUCCGAAGAUCAAAAACUAUAUAACUCAAUCUGCAAUUGUUCAUGGACUUGAUGGAUGUAGAGGAAGAGAUUGGUUUGAUUCUAUCUCUUCACAUCCAAUUUCUGAUUUAGGACUUCCUUUCAUGUCUUCUGAUAAGUUGAUUAGAAUUCGAAGCAAUGAAUUAAUUCUCGAAGCUUUUAAACAAAUGAAAGAACACGAUAUUGGUGGUCUCCCGGUCGUCGAGGGACCAAAGAAUAAGAUCAUUGGGAACUUGAGCAUGAGAGACAUUCGACAUUUGCUCUUCAAAUCCGAAUUAUUCUCCAAUUUUAGGAAACUAACCGUCAAAGAAUUUAUGGAUACGAUUGUUACAACAAGAGAAGACUACGGGAGAAUGAUACCACCAAUAACGUGCAAGCUGGAUUCGAGUUUAGGCAGCGUGAUAUCGAGUCUUGCUUCGAACUCGGUUCAUCGAAUCUACAUCGUUGCAGGGAGUGAUAACGAUGAAGUUGUAGGGGUGAUUACACUGAGAGAUGUAAUAUCUUGCUUUAUAUCUGAACCUCCAAAUUAUUUUGAUGACUAUCUAGGGUUCUCGGUUAGAGAAAUGUUGAAUUACUGAAAUUUCUCCAGUGCUUUUCAAAUUGUAAAGAAUAAAGGAGAGAAAAAUUAA